GACUGAAGACUGGUACCGUGGUACGUGGAGUUUUGAACGUGGAUAGUAUUUUCACUUUUUAAAAUCAAGGGUGAAAAUCUUGUUUCACAAAUGACUUAAAUAUUAACUCUUGAAGAUUGAAAUUAAUUCUGGGAGAUUCAAAUGAAUUAUUGAGUGCAUCAUCUAGAGAAAAAUUGUAUUUAUGGUAAACUAUCCCAAUGGCUACUUAUGAAGAAUACAUUCAGCAAAACGAAGAUAGGGAUGGAAUUAGAUUUACAUGGAAUGUAUGGCCUUCUAGUAGGAUUGAAGCAACACGUUUAGUGGUUCCUUUGGCCUGUUUAUAUCAGCCUAUCAAAGAACGCCUGGAUCUUCCAGCUAUUCAGUAUGAUCCAGUAUUGUGCACACGAAAUAAUUGCCGAGCUAUUCUGAACCCUUUGUGUCAAGUAGAUUAUCGAGCAAAGCUAUGGGUCUGCAAUUUCUGCUUCCAGAGAAAUCCCUUCCCUCCACAAUACGCAGCAAUAUCGGAACAGCACCAGCCCGCCGAAUUGAUGCCAAUGUUCUCGACAAUAGAAUACACCAUCACUAGGGCCCAGUGCUUACCGCCGAUUUAUCUCUAUGUCGUCGACACCUGCAUGGACGACGAGGAACUGACGGCACUCAAGGACUCUUUGCAGAUGUCGCUCAGCCUAUUACCGCCCAACGCUUUGAUUGGAUUGAUCACGUUCGGAAAAAUGGUGCAAGUCCACGAACUGGGUACCGAAGGCUGCAGCAAGUCGUACGUGUUCCGUGGAACGAAAGAUCUCACUGCCAAGCAAGUCCAGGAGAUGUUGGGCAUUGGAAAAGGAUCACCGAAUCCCCAACAACAGCCAGGGCAACCUGGGCGGCCAGGGCAGAAUCCCCAAGCUGCCCCUGUACCACCUGGGAGCAGAUUUUUGCAGCCCGUGUCAAAAUGCGACAUGAACUUGACAGAUCUGAUCGGGGAGUUGCAGAAAGACCCUUGGCCCGUACAUCAGGGCAAAAGACCUCUCAGAUCCACAGGCGCAGCAUUGUCCAUCGCUGUCGGUCUCUUAGAAUGCACCUAUCCGAAUACGGGUGGCAGAAUCAUGAUAUUCUUAGGAGGACCAUGCUCUCAGGGUCCCGGUCAGGUGUUGAACGACGAUUUGAAGCAGCCCAUCAGAUCCCAUCAUGACAUACACAAAGACAAUGCCAAGUACAUGAAGAAGGCUAUCAAACAUUAUGAUCACUUGGCAAUGCGAGCUGCCACCAACAGCCAUUGCAUAGACAUUUACUCCUGCGCCCUGGAUCAGACGGGACUGAUGGAGAUGAAGCAGUGCUGCAAUUCCACCGGAGGGCACAUGGUUAUGGGCGAUUCCUUCAAUUCUUCUCUAUUCAAACAAACCUUCCAGCGAGUGUUCUCAAAAGACCCGAAGAACGACCUCAAGAUGGCGUUCAACGCCACCUUGGAGGUGAAAUGUUCCAGGGAGUUAAAAGUCCAAGGGGGCAUCGGCUCGUGCGUGUCCUUGAACGUUAAAAGCCCUUUGGUUUCCGAUACGGAACUAGGCAUGGGGAACACCGUGCAGUGGAAACUGUGCACGUUGGCGCCGAGCUCCACUGUGGCGCUGUUCUUCGAGGUGGUUAACCAGCAUUCGGCGCCCAUACCGCAGGGAGGCAGGGGCUGCAUCCAGCUCAUCACCCAGUAUCAGCACGCGAGCGGGCAAAGGAGGAUCAGGGUGACCACGAUUGCUAGAAAUUGGGCGGACGCUACUGCCAACAUCCACCACAUUAGCGCGGGCUUCGACCAAGAAGCGGCGGCAGUUGUGAUGGCCAGAAUGGCCGGUUACAAGGCGGAAUCGGACGAGACUCCCGAUGUGCUGAGAUGGGUGGACAGGAUGUUGAUCAGGCUGUGCCAGAAGUUCGGAGAGUACAAUAAAGACGAUCCGAAUUCGUUCAGGUUGGGGGAGAAUUUCAGUCUGUAUCCGCAGUUCAUGUACCAUUUGAGACGGUCGCAGUUUCUGCAGGUGUUCAAUAAUUCUCCCGAUGAAACUUCUUUUUAUAGGCACAUGCUGAUGCGGGAGGAUUUGACUCAGUCUUUGAUCAUGAUCCAGCCGAUUUUGUACAGUUACAGCUUCAACGGGCCGCCCGAGCCUGUGUUGUUGGACACAAGCUCUAUUCAGCCGGAUAGAAUCCUGCUCAUGGACACUUUCUUCCAGAUACUCAUUUUCCAUGGGGAGACGAUUGCCCAGUGGCGCAGUCUGAAAUAUCAGGAUAUGCCGGAGUAUGAAAAUUUCAGGCAGCUGCUUCAAGCUCCGGUUGAUGAUGCGCAAGAAAUUCUGCAAACGAGAUUCCCCAUGCCAAGAUAUAUUGAUACCGAGCAAGGUGGAUCGCAGGCGAGAUUUUUGCUCUCGAAAGUGAAUCCGAGUCAAACGCACAAUAAUAUGUAUUCUUAUGGGGGCGAUUCGGGUGCUCCUGUAUUGACUGAUGAUGUUUCGUUGCAAGUUUUUAUGGAUCACCUUAAGAAACUUGCAGUUUCGUCCACAGCCUAGUAUAAAUGUGCAAAUGAAACUAAAAGUG